AGCCUGCUGAGGCUUCUCUCUGGAAUGGUCCAAAAUGGAGCCUCUUAGCGCUUACCCCGUGAAAAGCUCCGGGCCCAGAGCAAAGGUAUUUGCAGUUUUGCUCUCUAUGCUUCUAUGCACGGUAAUGCUGUUUCUUCUACAACUAAAAUUCCUAAAACCUAAAACCAACAGCUUUUACACGUUUGAAGUUAAAGAUGCUAAAGGAAGAACCGUUUCUCUGGAAAAAUUCAAAGGCAAAGUUACGCUAGUUGUAAACGUGGCCAGUGACUGCCAGCUCACAGACCGAAAUUACUUAGCUCUGAAGGAGUUGCACAAAGAGUUUGGACCAUACCACUUCAGCGUCUUGGCUUUUCCGUGCAAUCAGUUCGGAGAUUCGGAGCCCAGACCAAGCAAGGAAGUCGAAUCGUUUGCAAGAAGCAACUACGGAGUAACCUUCCCCAUCUUCCACAAGAUUAAGAUUCUAGGAUCUGACGCCGACCCUGCUUUCAGAUUUCUUGUUGAUUCUGUAAAGAAGGAACCACGGUGGAACUUCUGGAAGUAUCUGGUCAACCCUGAGGGUCAAGUUGUGAAGUUCUGGAGGCCUGAGGAGCCCAUUGACGUCAUCAGGCCUGACAUCGCAGCUCAGAUUAGGAAAAUCAUCAUAAAAAAGAAGGAGGACCUAUGAGCCUGCCGCUGGGCCCGCCUCCCGCUGCAAGCACAGAAGGGUUCCGGGACAGCUUGGUCUCGUCUCAAAAACUUCAGUGUGGCAUGAAAGGAUGGGGUUUUUUUUACGUUGUCUUGCUAGCCAGUAGUAAUGAAGGACUCCAGUACGACAGUAUUAUCAAAACGGAAAGAACAGCCAAAGACUACUGAAAAUUCAGAAUUCAGUCACCCGUGGACUUCAGUAUCCUGUUCAACUUGACCCUUUUCCAGGACCGUACUGGAUGGCUAAGCCAACACACUAGACCACUGCUGGGUUCAAGGCGACUGUGGGUGACUAGCAAAUGUCACAGCUAUGUUGAACAUGCUAAAAUAUUGAAAUGUUGAAAAAAUGUAAAAUAUACCUAUAAAGUGU